GCAUGUCGUCACACAGGAACCAAAGGAGGCGGUCAAACCAAGAUGGCGUUCUGCGAUGAAGCAGGAAAUAUACUCGGUUUUCAGUAAAUCUCCUCAUCUGAGAGCACCGACCGGAGCUUUUAUGUCCAAGGACAAGUGAGAGAUCUAUUCGGAGACUGAAGACAGAGCAGAUACUGUUACUCUAAAUGGCUGCGAGGAAGUCUGGAUCAGAUAUCCACAACAACGGACCCGUCAGCUACCUUGAUGGUGUUCCUUUCAAGCUGAAUGAGAAGUACCGCUGUCCCUCAAAAGUGGGUCUUCCCAUUGGCUUCUGUUUGUCUGAUUGUAAUGCCAUUCUCUCGGAUCUGCAAUAUGACUUUAGUCUAGAGAGGCGCAGUGUUCAGUGGGGGGAAGAACUCGCCAAAGCGCGAGCUGCUGAGGCUCGAGCAGCGGAAGUCGCCCGGACGGACUCUGAAAACGAAAGGCAGGCUGCUGCUCAGGAAGCAGAUGCUGGAUUGGUUGGGGGGAAGAAAGCACACCCCUCUGAUGAGCAGGACGUUGUCCCACCAGCAUUGAACCCGGUUUUAGCUGGCCUACGGCACACAGAAAUUCUCACGCCUCUCCCAGCCCCAUCUUUUGGACCAACACGACCAGCACCUAGCAACCCGGCUCCACAGAGUCUGAACUUAGCUGACUUUGAGCGAGAGGAGGACCCUUUUGACAAACUUGAGCUUAAAACACUGGACGACAAAGAGGAGUUGCGGAAUAUUCUGCAGAGCCAACCGCAGUCGUCCGUUUCACCGCCUCCGCUUCCUCCAGCAGAACAUCGCCCCACUUCUCCCAGUAAUACGCCUCCUCUUCAGGCCAAGGCAGGAAUCUUCCAUCAACCUAAUGGACUGGUUGGACUGCUGGACUUAGACCGGGGUGGGGUUGUGGGAACCCCCCAUGGACAGAUUGAUGCAGACCGCCCAUGUAACAUUCGCUCAUUGACUUUCCCCAAGCUUUCAGACCCAGGAGACUCCCCCUUGGAACCACCUUUCAGCAUUUACCCAGCAGCCCAACCACGCACCCUAUCCAAUGGCACGCUACUGGCCCUGCAGAGAACAGCAUCAAAUACCAUCACAACACUCCAACAAGAGCAACCGGUCUUUCCUCAGAAUGGGGCACAGAAGCAGUCCAACCAGGUCAUAGCGACUAACCCUCCACCUGCUUCCACGAUCCUACACGGCCUCUCUCCCAGCGAACGACAGUGUGUGGAGACGAUAAUGAGCAUGGGUUAUUCAUUUGAGGGGGUUCUCAAAGCCAUGCAGAGACAAGGACAGAAUGUGGAACAGGUGCUGGAAUAUCUGUUUACUCACAGUCGACUGUGCGAUCGAGGUUUUGACGCGACUGCUGUUGAAGAGUGCUUGGAGAUGUACCAGGGUUCAGAGGAAAAGGCUUUGGAAUUUCUUCAGCUGAUGACUCGGUUUGGAGAAAUGGGCUUUGAGAGGGACACUAUUAAAGAGGUACUGCUCGUGCACAAUAAUGACCAGGACAAGGCACUAGAGGAUCUGAUGACCCGAGCAGCUGCGAGCUGAGCCCUGAGAGUCUCCCUUCCGCAAGCCAGCCCUCUUUUGGCCCUCAGGGGGGUCCUGGCUGUGGAAGGGUGGGAUUCACUUAUCUCUAAGACAAAAUGACUGAUUUUGUACCCUAAUAAAGAUACACCGCUUGGAGUAGGGAUUGACGGCACCACCCGACAGUGCAUUCAUCCCUCCUCAGCUGUAUGUCUGAUAAGUGAUCUUAGAAUGGUGAUGAGUGAGAGGAGCCGAAUCCUCCUCUGUAAAUCGGCAUUGGCUAGUGUUUCUUUUGGCAUGGUGACAGGCUAGAAUGGGCGGUGCUGGAGAAACAGAACCGAGCUGAGCCCCACUGACAGAAUAGCGACACUCGAAGCUAUUACGCUGCCAUCUCCCGCUGCUGGACGCAAGCUUUCGAAACUGAAACCUGAACGCUCAUAAAUGCAACCAAUGGCAGAGCAGAGACCCCACAGAAGUGCCCCCUCUCUAUUCAGUCUCUGCUGUUUGUUCAUAAGCUGUUUAUAUGUCCGACAGGCGGAAACACUUUGUCUUUCUUCAUUUGUCCUUUUUUGAGAUUGUGUUUCUUUGCCCUUUGAUUAGGAACUGCUUUAACAGAACUAAUCAUUAUGUAAGUUCCCAGAAGAGAACAGAAAAAACUGCAGUAAACUUUUGCUCUGUUGGCUUUUGCACUGGAAUGAACACAUUUGGCAAGAGAAAUUGGCAAGUUCGGCCGGAGGCUGCCCGCCACAUUUUCAAAAACUGACAUGCAAAUACCGAACAGGCACACUGAAUCCCAGAUGUUAAUAUAAACAUAUUUAAAGAUCUGUAAAGAUACACUGUCGGGUUUCCAUCUGUAAUAAAGAAAUUGAGAAACUUAACAGGGUAAUGAGGUUAACACAUUUAUAUGAGGUUUAUUGGAUUGUAUAGAUGCGUGGACUUCUCAAAAGUUUGGGGGCAGGAGGAUUUUUUGGGAAAGAAUGAAUUCUUCUGUUCAGCAAGGAUGCAUUUUAAUUGAUUAUAAGUGACAGUUUAAAAAUGUUUAUAAUGUCCUGAAGGAUCCUGAAAAGCGUGUCACUGUUUCCACUAAAAUAUUUAACGGCAGCUGUAUUCAACAUAGAUAAUUAUUAAAGAUGUUUCUUGAGCAGUAAAUCAGCGUAUUAGAAUGAUUUUUGAAGGAUAAUAUCAUAUAAUACUUAUCAUAAAUGAUAUGACAUAUGACAAAUCAUAUGACACUAAAGACUGGAGAAAUGAAGCUGAUAAUUCAGCUUUGCCCUCACAAGAAUAAAUUGCAUCUUAAAAUAUAUUAUGUUUGAAAACAGUUCUGUGAAAUUGUAACAAUAGUUCAAAAUAUUACUGUUUUUUACUGUAUUUCUAAUCAAAUAAAUGCAACCUUGAUGAGCAUAAAAGAUUUAUUUUAGAAAUCAUUAAUGAAUUUAUAAAACCAACCCCAAACCUUUGAAGAGUAGUGUUCCUGAUAGUUGUGCAAUAAAACGAUCUUAAGACGAGACUGUGAAUGCUUGCUGCACAUUAGAAACCGUUUGAAUGGCCUUUCAGAGCUUUGGUCACCAGAGGAAACCUUGAUGUCAGUUCAAAUAUCUCCACAUUACCUCAUGGGAUUGACCAACUUGCUCAGUACAAAAUAUACUGGCUCCCUCCUCAGAGAACCAAAUGAAAAUUGGUACAACUCUUAUGUAACAAAUGAACAUAACAAAUUAACUUCAGUAGGUCCAAUGUCUGACCUCAUACUUUCUGUUACUGACAUUUGACCUCUUAUUAACCAUAACUUUUGGGUGAGUUUUCAUCAUACCAGUGCUUUUAUGUUGAGGUGUAGAAUUUGUUUUUAAUGCCCCAUUUGACAGUGGCCUUUAGGUAUAACGCAAUACUAAAAAUCUUAAUUAAACCCUAUUGAGCACUUUCCUCUGAGAUGGGGUAAAUGAUAAGAAUCACAUUUGACAGAGAUGUUCCUUGGCCCAGGGAGCACAUGUAGGUUACUGGGUAGCUCAUCUGGACAUUCAUAGAUAAAUGUUUCAUUAUUUAGCAGCCAGACGUGCAUUAUCAUUUCGCUUUUUAUUUUUUGUUUUCUUAAUUUUCAGCAUUAACAGCCUUUUAAUCUCACUUUCCAUGUGCAAUAUAAUUUUUACCAGUGUUGUGUCAAAAUUAGCUAAUUUAAACUGUAAUGAGUCCUUGUUAAUGUGAGUGGAUCUCAUGUAGAUGUCUGGAAAUCGAUGUCACCCUGAAAUCAAAAGAAAAAAAAACAAGAAAUUAAAUUUGCAUAAAAGAUUUUAAAUGACCUAUACACACACACACACACACACAGUUAAGGUGAAAAUAAAUUAUAAUAAUAUACAUUUAAGUCAUAUCAUAUAAAAACAGAGACAGAGAGACAUUUAUUUUCAUGCCUAAUUGUCAUGAUAAAUGUCACAAUGAAAGACCAGCAACAAAAUUAAUGGUCCUACAAUUGUCUUGAUUAAAAAAUCUAUAUUUUUUUCUUUUGGUUUUGAGAUGCAAUAUGACCUGCACAUGUUCUUGACAGAUAUUAAGAGGUUCACGUGUCCUAUCCUGUAAAGGACUAAUUAUUCAAAAGAAGUAAGAUGGUGUAAAGGGUUCUUCCUCAUCUAUUUUUUGUAACAGCUUCUCUCAGGCUUGACUGAACAGACUACUAAAGGUUGAAAAGAAUAAAGCAAACACACUGCUGGCUAUAUAUCACAAAGAACAUUUUGCCUGAAGCGAGUCAGCGCUUAAAUGCAGAUCUAUUGUUCUAAGUGUAAAUGGGGAUAUCCUGAUGUAUGGCUAGAGAACCUGAUGGACAGGUGGAGCAGAUGGGAGGCCCUAAUGACACAGAGAUCCAUUGCUCUUAAAUGUGAUUUAAAUUAUUUAGUCAUCUUUCAAAUGAUUUCAGACUUAAAUAUGAUUAAACUUGUUCUUCUUUUCAAA